AUGUUCAAGAAAUAUGAAGAACUUACUCUACCGUAUUUAAUAUCACAGAAUCAGAGCCACUCCACCAGUCCCUCCUGGGGCCCCAUGAGAGUGGCCAACAAUGUCACUGAGUUUAUAUUCCUGGGACUUUCCCAAGAUUCUGGAAUGCAAUUGAUGUUCUUUGCCUUAUUUCUCCUCUUCUACAUCGUGAUCAUGGUGGGAAAUUUGCUCAUUUUGCUUACGGUUUUUUCUGACCCCGGACUACACACACCCAUGUAUUUCUUCCUCAGUAACCUGUCUUUUGUGGACAUUGCCUAUUCCUCAGCCACAGCACCCAAGAUGAUUGCAGACUUUAUUUCUGAGAAAAAGACUAUUUCCUACUGGGGCUGCAUAACUCAGAUGUUUACCUUCCACUUUUUUGGUUGUGCUGAGAUUUUUGUUUUGACUGUCAUGGCUUUUGAUCGUUAUGCUGCUAUCUGCCAACCCCUCCGUUAUACUGCCAUCAUGAGUGCUAAUGCUUGUACUGUGCUGGCAUCAGUGUCCUGGUUGGGGGCCCUGGGUCAUUCCUUUGUUCAGACCCUCCUGACCUUCCAGCUGCCCUUCUGUAAUGCUCAGAUUAUAGACCAUUACUUUUGUGAUGUCCACCCAGUCCUAAAACUUGCCUGUGCUGAUACAACCCUGGUAAACAUGUUGGUAGUUGCCAAUAGUGGUCUCAUCUCCCUGGGGUGUUUCCUCAUUCUUUUGGCCUCCUACACAGUCAUUCUGUUUAGUCUUCGAAAACAGUCUGCAGAGAGGCGACGCAAGGCUCUCUCUACCUGUGGGUCUCAUCUGACUGUAGUAACUUUCUUCUUUGUUCCAUGUAUCUUUAUUUAUCUCCGCCCAUCCACUACUUUCCCUUUGGAUAAAGCUGUGUCUGUGUUCUAUACCACCAUCACCCCAAUGCUGAACCCACUCAUCUAUACGCUGAGGAAUAAGGAUGUAAAGAAUGCCAUGAGGCGUCUGUGGAAUAGCAAGAUCUCGUUGAAGGAAAAGCAGAAAGAAUAGUUUGUCAGAAUUGCAAAA